UCUUCCACGGAAAUCGCACUGACUACAACCGACUUGCAUUUGCUUAAAGAGUCUUAAAAAUGUCAUCAAACAGUCAAAUCACAACAAAUGAUGUGCAGGUCAAACUUCCCGAAUGGUUAAAGGCCGAACUUUUUGAGCAGCUGCUUAAAGAUACCUUUCAGGGCUUCAAAGCAAUAAAAUCAUUUAAAGCCAUGCCGGGCACAAAACCUGGUGAUAAUUAUGCCACGGUUAUGCUCCGCAUUGAGCUCGAAGUGGAACUAAGAGAUGACACAACCAAAUCAAUAUCGUAUAUGCUGAAAAUACCGCACGUUUCGGACUCAUAUCAGGAAACCCUUGGGAAGAACAAGUUUAGCAUAUUCGAUAUGGAACGGGAUAUGUUCAUGAUAUAUGUGCAGGAGUUUAAGCAGCUUUAUAGCAAUGUUGGCUUAGAGGUUGAGUUUGGUGCUAAGUGCUAUAAACUUGACAUACCAUAUGAGCACGUACUACUAGAGGAUCUGAAACCAAAAGGAUUUCAAUCGGUCCAUCGCCAGGCAGGGGUGGAUGAGGAGCAUACCCUGUGCCUGCUCACAAAACUCGCGCAAUGGCAUGCCGCUUCGGCUGUUCGGGUAGACACAAUUGGACCCUAUCCCGUCCACAUGUCCGAGAGUGUUUUUAACGAGGAUGGCAAAGAUUUCAUAAGCAAACUGACAGAUAACAUGAUACCUUACGUUCUGAAGUCCCUGAAAACAAUCGAAGGACAUGAGGCCUACUACGAUGAUAUCAAAAAUAUGGCUGGUCACAUUACAGCAAAAAUUCUACAAGUCGGCGCUGUCGAUCCAAACGAGUUCAAUGUGUUGAACCACUCUGAUUGCUGGCUGAGCAACAUAAUGUUCCUCUAUGAUAGAGCAACGGGAAAACUAUUAGAUUCUUAUCUCGUUGACUAUCAAAUGUGUAAAUAUGGCAGCGUUGCAUUCGACUUACUUUAUUUCCUGUUAUCAUCGCCGAAAUUGGAGCUUAAGUUAAACAAAUUUGAUUAUUUUAUAAAACAAUAUUACGACCAGUUGAUAAAGCACUUGAAGCUAUUGAACUACAGCAAAAAACUACCCAGUCUUAUAGACAUACACACGUCACUCAUAAAAAAUGGUAUUUGGGGGUAUUGGACGGUGUGUGGUGUCAUGGCUGGCAGUUUACUGGAGGACACCCAAACCGCAAGCUUUGAUAACUUAUUUUCCAAUACGCCAGAGGCUGAGGAAUUUAGAACCCUCUUAUACUCCGGAAAGAUAUAUAAAGAGCAUUUAAAGCUUGUCCUGCCUUGGCUACAAAAUCGCGGUGCUUUUCAAACUGAGCUUAGAUAAAAAAUAAGUGCUAUCAAUAAAGUUACU